AUGGCCGGACUUGAAUCGGUGCCUGCCUUCACCGACCGAGCAAAGCAGAUCGGCAUCAGCGAGGACCUUCUGAAGAAGCUCCUUGCUAAGAGCUUGGACACCUUCGGCAAGCUAGCUUUCGUGUGCUCGAGCAAACCUUCCAGCGGGGAUGACACUCCUCUCUUCGAAGCCCUGAAGACUCUGAUCGGGAGUGAGGUUCCAGUGGAACAACAUAUGGUGAUCAGGAGAUUGUGGUACGAUUGCCACGCCCACGCCCUGGUUGACUUGGAAUCGAGGGCUUCGAGAACAAGUGAUACAAGCCCCCGCGAGCUUCCGUUGGCUGAACGCCUAACACGCUUGAAACGCCAAAGGGGCGAGCUUAAAGGCCUCGAGAUGGAUAUCCACACAGAACCUGGACACGGCCUUGUGGACCGCGUCCAGGCCAUGCUCGAUUCUGCACAAGUGCUGCACAUCGCGCCGGAGAAGUGCAUUUCCCGCCAUGACGAAAUCCUGGGUGAGAAGACGGAACAAAAGAUCUCUUUGGGAGCCGACGGGAACAUCAAGGUCACGAAGCAAGCCUCGAGCCUCCGUUGCGAGACUACCGGCGAGCUCAAGCUUCGCCGGUGCUUCCUGCGCCGGGCCUUAGCGUUCGAUCAAGUAGGGCUCGCCUCCUUCACUGCACUGGAGUCUUGGCACAACCGCAUGUUCCAGGCUCUGCUUGAUGUGCCUCCGGCAGGUUAUCGCUACACUACCGUUCAGCAGCUGCUUGCAGCUGACCAGAAGCUUUGGCAGGUGGUGGCCCAGGAGAGCCGAGGUGACAUCGUCGUCGGGGUCGGAGCCCCGGCUCCUCUUGACAAGCACAUAGCCGCUGCUGCAACCAAUCAGUUUGUCGUGUCAUGCUUGACGCACCUGCCCAAGCCCUUGGAAGCUCCCGCUCCCACAUGGCUGCCAAACAAGCCCGGUAAAGGACUCGGCAAGAAGGGGGAUAAGGGAAACAAGGGCGGAGGCAAAGGCAAGGGCAAGCAAAACCAUAGCCAAUCCGGUGCGGAAGCCGCCCCGACAACCUCCUUGAAGGAGCUGCUCGAAUCUCUGCCAGAGGGCUGUGUGCGAGCCACUGAUGAAGGUCGUUUCAUCUGCCCUUUCUACAAUAAGGGCAUCUGCCGAUUCCAGAAGCGCAAGUCGUGCCGGUUCGGGAAGCAUGUGACCGCUUUGUUUGAUGCGUUGCCACACGACCAGUGCGAUCGGAGUGCUUCGGGUUUUUCCUUCUCUGCAGGACUCUACUCACGAGUCCAAGUGGGCCUCCGCAAGGCCUGCAAGCUGUUUCCACUUUCUGUGCAGGCGGUGAAUAAGUUUGUAGCUCAUUUGCUUGACGGCGCAGUUUACACGAGUUUUGCCAUAUUUUCCAGAGUACAGACCCGGGAGCACCGGGACAAGCAGAAUUCCUUUUUGCCAAACAUAGUGAUUCCUUUGACUGCAUUCACUGUGGGGGCCAUCAAGGUCUUGGAACCCAACCGCGAGAUCGACCUUGAGGUUUCGAAAGGACCGGUGCAAUUUUGUGCUAGACAGCACCCGCACUCAACUUGUCAAGCGCACGGGCGACGAACCGUGCUUGUGCUCUUUUCCCUUAAAGCAGCUUCGCAUGCUUCUGCCGAUGAUCAGCUUUGCUUGAAACGUUUGGGCUUCCCUCUGCCCAAUCCGCGACAGCUCAGCUCCGUCGCAGUCUGCAAGUCCGAGCCUAUAUCCUUGGGUGAAGCGAAGCAGCGCCUCUUGCCGUUUCCAGACAAACCUCAAACCAGCAGUGACCCGGGUGCCCUGGGAAAGCCGACUCACGAAAGUCGUCCGCCGUCCAUGGUAGAGUGCUUGGCCUGUCGUGGUCCCUUAGCAGCAGAGGCCCUCCUCACCGGAUGGGACGCGAUUUCGGUAGGUAAAGGCCCUCACGAUCCCCACGGCUCGCCUAUGUUGCAUUUGGAUCUCUCUGAGGAGGAAAACGUGCAGGCACUUCUCCGAUUUGAUUCGUCGGCAGCUGUUGAUUGGUGGCACGGGCACCUCUUCCUCAAAUCCUGUGCUCGGUUGGAUCGGGGAUCUUCCAAACAACCUUUGCGGAGAGCUGACUGCAUUUUCGGUUGCCCUGAACUUGCCCCUCGAGCCCAGGACCUGGUGCACCGUGACAACAAGGUUUGCAGGGCCCUUGUUUCAGCCUUGCAACGAGCUCAUCAAACCGGAGCCCUCGUCUCACUCAUCGGGCCUGCCAGGAGCUGGGUUUGGAGCCUCCUAGCGAGCACUGUGAAAUCCACCCAAUCGAAAGACUUCAUUGACUGGUUCUUCACCCUAGAAGACCAGGAGCUUGACACUUGCAUGUUCGGUUCGCCUUUUCUUACCUCACUCAAGGUCAAAGCCACGCCCGGAGCUUUCCCGCAGAUCUCUGCUACGUGUGACAAAUCACAUAAGCAUCAAGCUUGGCUGCCUUCGCCGGCCGGUGGCACCUUCAACGAUGCUUCCCUGCCCCAUGGUUUGUGCCACCGCCUGUGCGAGUGUGCCACCAAGCUCGUCACCGGAUCAACUAAGCACCGUGCAGCAGGCCGCUGCCGUCAGCUCCGGGCUGCUGUCAGGGCCGCCGCGGCCAAUCAGUCUCAUUUCACGCCACCCCUAAUUCCUGAGUUUCGGGUGGUAACCCCUUUGUCUCAAGUGCCUUCGAAUGCUGAUUUCAAGAUCUUGGACAAAGUCGGCUCGACACCGGGGGAAUUGGAUGAGCCGGAUAAGCGGUUUAGGCUUAAUGGUUCUCCCCCUAAGACCUCGGCUCCCCGAGUAGGUGCAGUGGCUGGUGUUUACCACACCAUGGAAGAGCACCUUCGUCUUGCCUCAAAUUUGUGCAGUCCAGCUGAUACAAGCGAGAGGCUGCCAGAUCAGAUCAGGCGGAACAUUUUCGCCAUGCUGACCGAAGGACCCGUGGCGAUCUCAAAGAAAAGGCUUCUCGCUCUUCAGCAGCUGAACCGAAGAGUGCAGGAGCUUGCAGAUGAAGAAAGAACGCUUCGCGAGAGCAUGCACCCCGAUGUUGAAUCCGUGACCAGGGGGAAAGCUAUCUCCUUGUUCAGGGAACUGCUUGAGGAAACCGCCUUUGCAGACAUGUCCGUAAUCGAUUUGCUUGUGAAAGGCGUGCCACUUGUGGGCCAAGAGCAAGACUCGGCCCUCUUUGCCAAACGGCCGAAGCCGCAGGAGAUCAGCCCGGACCAACUGCGGGCCCAGUCAGCUCUCAGGAGGGACGUUCUACAGCGCACGCGAAAACUCGUCUCUCAGGAGGACUACGCCGCCAUGCGGGCGGAGACGGACGAAGAGGUCAAAGCUGGUUUCCUGAGUGGACCGUACUCUUCCGAGUCCGAGGUCAGUAAAGUGCUGGGGGCCACAAACUGGUCUCUUUCGCCCCGCUUCCUCCUGAGGCAGGGAGAGGACGCAAAGAUUAGGAUAAUAGAUGACUUCAAAAUGUCAGCUGUUAACCGUGCCUUCGGAUCUUCAUCGUUCCUCGAGUUGCAGGACACGGACUUCGCAGUGGGUUUGCUUAGGUUCCUUUCGAGGGUUCUUCAGGAUCGCUCCCGAGUAAGGGUGCCUCUGCUUGAUGGCUCGGUCUUGGAAGGCAACUGGGCGCCUGAGAUGCUGUCGGCCCCUCCCCUGUUAGGCAAGACGCUGGAUUUGAGCAAGGCCUAUCGUCAACUGGCAAUCCACCCUGACUGCAAGGAGUUCUCAGUGCUGGGUUUCCCUACGUCCGCUGGUGGCUGGGAGUACUACAUCACGAGGAGCCUCCCGUUUGGGGCCGGCGCGAGCGUCUUCGGGUUUAAUAAGGUUGCCCUAGGGGUUCUGCACAUCAUGACAGUGAAGUUCAUGGCAAUCGCCACGGACUUUUACGAUGAUUACACCAUCUACGAGUUUAAGCCUGCUGCUUCCUUGCUGGAUAAAGCCCUCAUGCGGCUGCUGGACAUCCUGGGCUGGACCUUCGCGCGCUCCGGGCGCAAGUUUGUGCCUUUUGCCGAAAAGGUAACUUCCUUAGGUGUAACCUUGGGGCUUGAGGAAAUUUGGCAAGGAACCUUGACUGUGGAGAACAAGGCGGGCAGACUUGAGCGCAUCGUUCAGCAGCUGAAGCGGAUUUCGCAAGGAGACGAGAUCACCCGAUCAGAUGUGGCUUCCCUACACGGCCUGCUCAACUUUGCCGGGGGUUUGAUCUUAGGGUUCGAGCUUAAGGCCACCUCGCGUAUGCUGUCGCGAGCCCUGACAGGCCCAUUCCGAGGCAACACCACAGAGUUGCAGCAUGCUUGUGCGUUGGCCUUGGACGUGUUGUCGCAAUGUCGCCCCAAGCGGUGCCCUGCAUCGGUGAAGCCACCCAUCAUCCUGUACACCGAUGGGGCAUACGAGAAAGGCGUUGGGACUUGGGGUGCCGUCAUUGUAGAUGGGGUCACCGGAGCUCGGUGGACCUUUGGCGGGACCGUCUGCCAGCAGCUCAAAGACCUCUGGGAGCGGCAGGCCGGAAAUCAGAUCAUUUGCCAAGUUGAGGGUUACGCUCUUGCAAUUUUGAUCUUCGGUCUUAGGGGUUUCUUGAAAGGCAGGUCGGUCAUAGCCUUCAUCGACAACGAAGCAUGCAGAUAUGGCUUCAUCAAGCGGUACUCGCCAUCCUUGAGCCUUCUUCGCUUAAUCUCGUUGGUGGCGCUGUUGGAGGGGUCUCUCGAGGCCCUACUUUGGUUCGAGCGAGUGCCCUCAAAGAGUAACCCUGCCGAUCUCCCGUCACGGGGAGCUUUCGAAGAGGAUUGCAAACGCUUCGCAGUUGAGAACAAAGGUGACAUCGCAUUGACCCCUACGAUGCUUGAUUUCCUUUGUGCUGCUGACUACAGUGCUCAUACGGCUCAGGCAAUCUUGACCUCCACGCGACUGGAGGCCGACUGGACAUGCUCAGCUUUGCAAUGA